AUGCUCCCCCUAGGCCUCCUGACGGCAGCACAAGGCCAUCCCAUGUUAGUCGAACUGAAGAACGGCGAAACCCUCAAUGGUCAUCUAGUAAACUGCGACACGUGGAUGAACCUGACACUCAAAGAAGUCGUGCAGACGAGUCCGGAGGGAGACAGAUUCUGGAGGCUGCCAGAAUGUUACGUGAGAGGAAAUAAUAUCAAAUACCUCCGGGUCCCUGAAGAAGUCAUCGACCUCGCAAGAGAUCAACAACAGCAACAACAACACCAGCAAGGUAGCGGACAGCGCGGGGGGCGUGGGGGCGGGCAAGCGGGCCAUGGUGCCGGUGGAAGGGGAGGAGGGGAUCGCGGACGAGGGGGCGGUGGACAAGGAAGGGGAGGUGGAAGAGGACACGGCCGGGGGCGAGGUGGAGGAGGCAGAGGUCAAGGCUGA